AUGAAGAAGGAGUUGUUUGCACAGUGUCAUCAAAUUUCUGACACCUAUAUUGAGCCUUUUUCCUUGCUGGAAGGGGAAAAAGGCGAAAUUGAAAACAGAUUGAACAAUUCUUCUAGCCACGACGAAAAGAAACCAACCAACCUGCGCAACCAGCUACACAGAAACGUUUUUUUUUUCAAGUUCGUUUCUUUUUUUUAUGAUUUUCAACCAAUCAAAGAUGUUAACGAUACGAACCAAGCCGAUUCAUUUCUGAAGUUUGACGAUCAAAGCAAUUGA